UGUCACGUCUGAUAGGAGUGUCUCUGCAUGGGGACUACCAGACCAUCUAACCAUGUGAUAUGUGAUGAGGGCUUUGGGCUACCCUGUCUCAUUUCUUCCCUCCAGAGGGACUGGGGACUUAUUGUGUCAGCUCAACCUUUGGAAAGGCUCGAGACUAAAGGUCAGUCACAGGAACCACAUGUCAUCAAGCCCCAAUGAAGACGGCAUCAGGGCUUGGGCGAGUUUCUCUGUGUGUCCGUCAUACGCUGACACCAGGAGCAUAGCACUGUGUCCUUGGAGUCCCCUGGGAGACAACACAUUUGGUCCUUUUCCUGGGCUUCUGCACUUCCUCCCUAGCCUUGUUUUUGCCGAAGGGGACUCUGGAGAUGGUGUGGAUCCUGAAGAAAUGGUUGCUGUCCUUCAGGAGUCUGUCAGCCUUCCCCUGGAAAUACCACUGGAUGAAGAGGUUGAGGACGUCAUCUGGUCUUCCCACAUAAGACUUGCCACUGUGGUGCCGGGGAAAGCGGGACAACCAGCUACUAUCGUGGUGACCAACCCUCGCUACCAGGGCCGAGUGAGCUUCCCGGAGCCCACCUACUCCCUGCACAUCAGCAACCUGAGCUGGGAGGACUCGGGGCCUUACCAGGCUCAAGUUAACCUGCGGACUUCCCAGAUUUCCACCAUGCAGCAUUACAAUCUCCGUGUCUACCGACGGCUGUCACAGCCUCACAUGACUGUGAACUUUGAGAUCCCUGGGGAAGAAGGUUCCUGUAAUAUAUCCUUGACAUGCUCUAUAGAGAAGGCAGGCCUGGACGUGACCUACAGCUGGAUACCCUGGGAGGACGGCACUGACACAGCCCAUGAAGGCUCCAUCCUCAGCACAUCCUGGAGGCCCGGGGACAAAGCUCUGUCUUACACCUGCAGGGCGAGCAACCCCGUCAGCACCGUCAGUUCCCGUCCCAUCCCUGCUGGGCCCUUCUGUGCAGAUCCCGGCUACCCUUCAGAGAAGGCCUCCACGCCCCUCUGUCUCCUGGCCAAGGCACUGCUCCUCCUCUUGCUUUUUGUAGCUCUGGCCGUGGGGCUCUGGCGCAUCCGAGUCCAGACAAGAUGCAAAAUGCCGAGGAUGAAGAAACUCAGGAGGAACAGAAUGAGGCUGAGAAAGAAGGGCAAGCCUGCCCCCAGCCUGGCCUGAUGGCCCCUUGGGGACCCCUGUCCUGAGCGUUGUUUCUUCCCGGCCCCCAGGGAGCCCUUCCUCUCUUCCCUGGGCUCUUCUCCUCCCGAGGGGCUCAGGGGUGGGUGUCUGAAGGCCAUGCUCCCUGAAGGAAGAUUGUCUGGCAAUAAAGUCAGAUUCAG